AUGGCGGACAAGCUUAUUUCUUCGUUCGGGGCUCGACGCUCUGUGUAUCAGCUCUCAGCUGAGACCGACCUCUCGAUUGGCCGACUGGAAGAGAUAGUUCGAAACGCUCUUUUAACGGUACCAUCAGCCUUCAACACUCAAAGCACACGUAUUGUUGUGCUUGUUGGCGAUCAUCACCGGAAACUCUGGGACAUUGUCAAAGCAGCCGUUGCCCCGUUCGUGUCAGGGGACCAAGCCACCAGUACCAAUGCCAAGAUCAAGGGUUUUCAGGGAGCCUACGCGACAAUUCUGUUCUUUGAAGACCCUGCGCCAUAUGAGCCACUGGGUGCUUUCAAGAUGUAUGCGGACAAAUUUGAAGGCUGGCGUGAGCAGGCAAGCGGCAUGCACCAGUUCCUUAUUUGGUCGGCCCUUGCUCUGGAGGGAGUAGGAGGCAACCUGCAACAUUACAACCCGCUUAUUGAUGACGAGGUUAAGAAGACUUGGUCUGUUAACUCAGACUGGAAGUUGUUGGCCCAGUUGGUUAUCGGGAAGCCUGUCGGAGACGCACCUGCUGGGAAGGAGAAGAAGCCCGUUGAAGAUCGAUAUGUCAUUCACUCUUAG